UCCGGUCGAAACCUGAGCUUUCCAUAGAAACGAAUUUCACCGCGAUUCGGUUAAACACGGAGAGGAAACGGAGGGCAGAGUUUUACGAAUUAAACGGAGUGACAAGAGUGAAGUCUGGGUGUCCGGGGGGAAGUGGAGUGAAACCGACUUAACGGAAAACGGAGUUUAAAAACUUUUCUGUGGUGAUUUAUUUAUUUUCUUUUUUCGGGUGACGGAGCCGUGAGAGGAAAGGAUCAUCGACCAACACCUUUAACAGAGUGGAAGGACAGUGAAGGAUUAAACCAUAAGUGUGUGUGUGUGUGUGUGUGUGUUUAUGAGGUGAAUGCUAACAGUGUUAAAGUUAAACCGCUGAGAGACGCUGAGGGAGACUGAGGAGCGCGCGCGCGCGACCGGACUGAGGUGGUGUUUUUUUUUUCUUUUUUGAAGAGAGCGCGCGCGAGUCCCAGUGUGAUGAGGAGGAUCCGUGUGUGUGUGUGUGUGUGUGUGAGGGAGAGAGAGAGAUGUGUGUGAGGCGCAGACAUGGGUCUGUGUUUGGGCUCCGAGGUCACGGAGGAAGGCAAGAGGGCGAAACUCCACAGCGCGGGGAUAGACCGCGAGCUGUACGAGCACGCGCGCAGGGAGAUGAACGUGGUCAAGGUCCUGCUGCUCGGAGCUGCUGAGAGCGGUAAGAGCACACUGGUUAAACAGAUGAAGAUCAUCCACAGCAACGGCUUCACCAAACACGAGCUGAUCAGCUUUAAGCCGGCCGUGUUGGACAACCUGCUGACGUCGAUGAAGUUUGUGCUGCACGGGAUGGGCGUGCUCCGGAUCAACCUGGCCAACAACAAGAACAAGGUCCACGCCCACUCUGUUCUGUCAUGUGGGCGCUGCUUUGAUGAGGAGCAGUUGCUCUUCCCGUUUAUAAGCCACGCCCUUUCCUGUCUGUGGGCGGAUCAGGGGGUGCGGUCUGCAGCGGCGCGAGGCUACGAGUUCGAACUCAAUGACUCGGCACUAUAUUUUUUCGACAACAUGGCCCGGAUCGUGUCGCCCGACUACGUGCCCACGGAGACGGACGUGCUGAGGGUCAGAAUACGGACCACAGGCGUCAUCGAGACGCAGUUUAAAGUCAAACACCUGGUGUUCAGGCUGUAUGACGUCGGAGGCCAGCGGACGGAGAGGAGGAAGUGGAUCAGCUGCUUCGAGGACGUCAGGGCCGUGCUGUUUGUCGUCUCUCUGAGCGGGUACGACAUGACCCUCAUAGAGGACCCGUCCAUGAACCGGCUGCAGGAGAGCCUGAGGCUGUUCUCCUCCAUCUGCAACAACGUGUUCUUCAAGAGCACCUCCAUGAUUUUAUUCAUGAACAAAAUCGAUCUUUUCCAAGAGAAGAUCCUGCACUCAGGUCGUCACCUCAGACACUACCUGCCACUCUACCGAGGUGCCGACUGCGAUGUGGAUUCUGCUGCACGCUUCAUCGCCUCCAUGUUUGUCUCUCAGAACGGCACGCCCAGGAAGCUGAUCUACCACCACUUUACCACGGCGACAGACACCUCCAACGUGCAGGUGGUUUUUCAGGUGGUGAUGGACACCAUCAUUAAGGAGAACCUGGAGGCAGUUUCACUGCUCUGAGAACUGCUUUAUACUCUACUUGGUCAUCUCAUUGCUUCCCUAAGAGAAACUCUUAUGCAGAACUGCACACACACACACACACACAACUGAUGGUUCACAAUGGGAAAGCUGAUGCCAUGAGCUGUCCAUGGUUCUGAACUUCAACCCAGCCCUCUGCUUCAGAAAAAGAGAGUUAAAUGAAGAGAGAUAUGGAGAGACUGAGAGUGAUCAAGAAAGAGGGAGCAAGAGCGAUGGAUGUGCAAUGACAAGUCGUGAGUGAAGGAGAUAGAUAAUGAGAAAAAAGGAUAUGAGAAAGACAGUUUGAUAGAACGAUGGGUAUUGAGAAAGAGCAAGAAACAGAAAACUGAAAGCAAAGACAGCUGGAAAGAAAGCAGGAUGAGAGUGAGAGUAAUGGAUGUAGAUAGAGACAGAGUAAGAAUGGUGGAUAUAAAGGAAGUGACUUAGAGAGACGGAGAGACAGGAAGCAAUUAAAUAACGUAAGGAAGUGAGAGUGAGCGUGAUUGAUAUUGGGCAAGCCAGAGAAAAGGAGAUUUGGAGAUAGAAAGUGAGUGUUUAAGAUAUACAGAGAGAGACUGAAACUAAAGGAAAAAGAGAGAGCGUGAUGGAGACCAAGAAAAAAAUUAAGACCUAAAGAAUGAUGGAUAUGAAGAAGGACAGGUAAGAUAAGAGCAACAGAGAAGGAGAGAGAUGGAGUGAAUGAGAGAUCGAUACUGUACAGAGGUAUAGAUAUGAAGAGAGGGGAAUUAAUGUAUCUGUCCAUCACUCGAGUUCUUCAAUAGGCGCAUCACAUGGCUUGUCUGGUCACUUCAUGAUGGCUCCACCCCCUAAACAGGACAGGAAGACUCAGUGAAGGCUCUGCUCAUGAUGAUGAUCAUGUGAAUAUACAGUAUAUGGGAGACACCAACUGAGUGAAGACGGUUUAGAAAAAUCGUGCACAAACGACAAAGUUUUGGCGCCCUGAUCAUAUAGGCUGUUCCCCCAAAUCCAUUUGUACUAUUUUUAAAUAAUAAUAAUAAUGAAGAAAUUUAUGCUGUGACUUGGAACAUAUGACAUAAUGCAGUGAUUGAUUUUUAUUUAAAAACAUUUUAAGUUUUCCUCAUGAAGCUUUUCACUGUCGGGCAUCAGAUAAUCCGAGUUCCUCAACACGAAGGUCUGAAAUGUUGAAUUCUCUAAUCAGAAGUUGUUGAUGAACUACCUGCACCAGCAGCCUUGAUAACGUAGUACUGUAAUGCAUGAUCGUUACUAUAGCAACGGUUUAUUUACUAGGCUCGGAGCUCACUGCACUCGUGAAACUAAUGAAAAACAUUCAGCGAGUGGGACGCCUGAUCCACGGGUAACUUGUUGCAGACCUGCAGAAGGCACGCAUCUGUCUGUGUGAACUGUACACACAAUCGUUUACCAGCACCACUUGCACGUUUCAGGAACUCGGCUGGGAACAUCACCUGUACAGUCCUGACCUUGAGUUGCUGGGAGGCUGGUGUUUCAGAUGUGAAUCAUACAGGCAGUCUGAUCACGGCCCCCAGGUGUACUGAGAAAACUUUCUUCCUUGAUGGUGUCCAAGCACGAGUAAAGCACUGGGACAAGUGCAUUAGUGUAGCAGGAGAUUAUAGAGAGACACAUUUUUAUUCUCAGAACUGUGUUCUGUUAUUCUGUACAAUCAUUGAUUCGAACAUCCUUUGUACUGAAUUGAUGAUAUGUCCAAGAUUCAGACUGGCUGACUGUGUGUGUGUGUGUGUGUGUGUGUGUGUGUGUUAGUGCACGUGUGUUUGUGUCCUAUGCUGGUCGAUUUGCUCAUGCGUACAUACCAAAUGUUGUUUUCUCUUCCUGAUAACGUUGACCAGAGAAAGAGCUGUGAGUUAAUGAUCAGCAGGAGGAAAUGUGUGUUUUACAACACACUUGAGUUCACACACACACACACACACUCACAUAAAAACUCACAGACUGUUUCUGAAGUCAUGCAGCAAUAAUCUGUUUAAUAGUAGUAUUGUUAUCUUGAGGCCAAGCACCAAGGGUGUUGAAUUUAUUUCUUUUUUUUUAUUAUUUUUUACUCUGGACAUGAUGUCACGAUAAUGUUUUUGUUGAGCGAUGAAGCUGUAUGUGCUCUGUGUUUGUGCAGAGGUGUGUGUGUGUGUGUGUGUGUGUGUGUAACCACACACCAUCCUGUGCCUUGAUAUUUCAUGUAAAUAGAUGUCUUUUUGAGACUUGAAACAAUCGGAAUUUAUUUUCACAUUUCUGUGCAAUUUCUGACGGAAAUAUUGGC